ACCUGUUGCUAUUUUUAUUCCCACUCACUCUCACAAUCACACAGUUUAAAAUGAUGUAGACAGCAUUUUAAUGGGCUUCUGGCACAAGACUCCGUUCACCUCUUUCAUGGAAUUUCGAGCAGGGACUCGGCCGUCCCUCAUGGGACUGGUGUAGUGCCAAGUAUCUUUACCUCUUAGUAAAAUCUCAGACUGAUAACCAGUUGAAAAGGAGUAAAUAUUAAAGAUUUACCAUAGACCAUUUAGAAGAUUCAUCUCUUUACCUUCUUUGAUUGCAGCUUUUGAAGUUGUGCUGAGUUCAUUUUCCGUCCAAGCAGAUAUUAAGAUUAAGUCUGUAACUGCAGACUCUCUGGUCUUACAAGACUUAACUGACUGGUGAAAAUGUGAAAACCUAUCACUCUGAAAGAGAUUUCAAAGCUUUUUAAAUGGGCUUUCUGAUUCUACCUUCCGCUAUGCUAUCUAAAAGACAGACUGGACAGGUGUCAUGUUGGGGUUGAAGCUUUACUUCCACCAUGGCCUCGUCCUACUGCUCACACUUACUCAAACUUUACAGAAUUUUCUUUAUUAUUUUUAUGGUGUUUGUUGUUUUUAGAUGUGGUUUUUCUUGAUAAACCAGUUUCAUUUUCCAUCCAAACCAGUUCCAACAGUUCAAAUGCAACCGAAACAAAGGUGAGACCUUGAAUCUAUUUACUAACCCUGAUGCCGUAUCAGAAAACAGUCUUUCAGUAACAUUGUCCAUGGACUCUGGUCAAGGCCAUCACUCUUGCACACGCUAUGCAUGGAAUUCCAGUUCCUAGAGAGAUCCCUGAGAGAUUAGCAACCUGGGUUUCAUGUUUUCACAAUAUCCCAUGAUAUUUUAAAAAUUACAACUUUGUUUUAUUAUCAAGUCUGAAAGUUUAAAAAAAAUACAAAAAACCAUUAAAAGAUUAAAUGAUCAAAGAAUCAUCUUUGAAAAAGCCUAUUGCAGACAAGACAUAACUUAUUUUUACUUAACAUACUUUUGUAAUAUGCCUGAAGCAAAUCAUACACGUUAUGUGAAGCAACAUGCAACUUUAAGCUCACCUUUCCAGCUGUCCCUCCCAUAAGGAGGAGGAAUAUAAAAGCUGUCACUUGCUGCCUGUUUCAUCACAACAGACACAUGCACUUACUUUUCCAGUGAAUGGCAGCAACAAUUGAUCCUAAGUAUUUCUGCACUAGAACAGAGAACUUCUAUGAGAAUUCCUAUGGGACUUUCAACUUUAAUAAACUUAAUUUGAUUGAUCUGUAUGGGGCAUUACUAACAAAUAAGUCACUUUCAGAUUCGGAUCUUGUUCUUAUCUUAAUUGUCGAUAUCGUCGUCACCAUUGUAACAUUCAAAUGAUGAUAAGUAUUGCUUUGAUCUGGGGAGUAGUGGUUGGAUUUUGUUGCCUGUUGUGGCUUGCUCUGGGGAUAAGACGCAGGCAAGCUGGUGAGCCUGUCAUUGAAAAUGGUUUUAUUCCCUACCUGGGCUGUGCUUUGCAAUUUGGGGCAAACCCUCUUCAGUUCCUUCGCAGCCGGCAGAAGAUGUAUGGUCAUAUUUUCACCUGCAAGAUAGCAGGCCAAUACAUUCACUUCCUGUGUGACCCCUUCUCCUACCACUCAGUCAUCAGACAAGGAAGACACCUUGAUUGGACAAAAUUUCAUUUUGCUACAUCUGUUAAGGCAUUUGGUCACGACAGCUUUGACCCUCGUCAUGGUUACACCACAGAAAACCUUCACCAAACCUUUCUGAAGACGCUGCAGGGGGAAGCUCUGCCCUCCCUGAUAGAAACUAUGAUGGGCCACUUGCAAGAUGUCAUGCUUAAGUCAGACAGACUUAGUCCAAGUGAAGAUGAGUGGCAGGUGGACGGGAUCUUUGCCUUCUGCUACAAGGUCAUGUUUGAAGCUGGCUACUUGACUCUGUUUGGUAAAGAGCUUGGAGAAGACAAAUGUCACAUCAGACAGGCUGCACAGAAAGCGUUGGUCCUCAACACUUUGGAGAACUUCAAGGAGUUUGACAAGAUAUUUCCUGCUCUUGUAGCUGGCUUGCCCAUCCAUGUUUUCAAGAGUGCCUACAGUGCCAGAGAGAACCUAGCAAAGACGAUGCAUGCAGAAAACCUGUCCAAGAGGCACAACAUGUCUGACUUGAUCUCUAUGAGGAUGAUACUGAAUGACUCUUUAUCUACAUUCAAUGAUGUGAGCAAAGCUAGAACCCAUGUUGCCCUGCUUUGGGCUUCACAGGCUAACACACUGCCUGCUACAUUCUGGAGUCUAUUUUAUAUGAUUAGGAGUCCAGAUGCUAUGAAAGCAGCUCAAAAAGAAGUCCGGAAAGUUCUGAGGGAUUCAGGUUUGACAAUGGACCAUGAUAAGCCAAACAUGCUAAACCUGAGCAGAGACCAGUUAGACAACAUGCCUGUGUUGGACAGCAUCAUGAAAGAAGCCAUGCGGCUUUCCAGUGCCUCUUUGAAUAUUCGGGUUGCCAAAGAGGAUUUCCUGCUUCACCUUGACAACCAAGAAGCUUACCGUAUUAGGAAAGAUGAUGUCAUAGCCCUGUAUCCACCCAUGGUGCAUUAUGAUCCAGAAAUCUAUGAAGAUCCUUAUGAGUACAAGUUUGACCGUUUCCUGGAUGAGAAAGGUCAGGAGAAAACCACGUUUUAUCGCAAUGGGCGGCGGCUGCGUUACUUCUACAUGCCCUUUGGCUCGGGGGUCACAAAAUGCCCUGGAAGAUUUUUUGCUGUGUAUGAGAUCAAGCAGUUUCUAACUCUGAUGCUGUCCUGCUUUGACAUGGAAUUAUUAGACCCUGCUAUCAGAGUUCCUCCUCUAGACCAGUCCCGUGCCGGUCUGGGAAUUCUCCAACCUACAUACGAUGUGGACUUCAGAUAUAAGAGGAAGGAGUACCACUAAACCCAGUGCUUGCCGUGCUGAUUGACUGAAUUACUUACUGUAGAUAAUGUAAAUUUUACAGUACAAUCUGUGUGUAAAUAGACUAAAUUAUUUUUCAAUGUCCUGUUUUUUUUUUUUUUAUAAAUUCAGGUUGUAGAAGAUAGGCUGUAUGGAAUCAUUAGAAAUGAUCACAUAUUUCCAGAUCUUUACUGGCAUUCUGUCAUAUUCAGUACUUCUCAGAGCCAUGUACACUAAAUAGUUAUAAACAGUACUUACAAACUCAACUCACCAUGAACUUUAAAUGUGCAGGUUAAUAAAAAUCUAAAGAAAUAAUAAAGGCACAUUAGCAAAAUCACAAAUAAGUAUUAAUUAAAAUUUGAUUACAUUUAUUGA